UCCCAUCAUGCCCUUCAAGAACAUGGCGGCUGAGUUUUCGUAACGCAGCUGCCUCUGCAUUUAAAUGAGCUAAUGUUUCGCAUUUGACGGGACACAGAUAAGAAAAUCGUUGUUCUGGUAUUUUGUGUUGGGUUGUUUUACAAAAUGCCGAAAUAUUACGAAGAGAAAGAGCCGGACAACAGACCCUGCGCGGGCAUCAGGGAAGACUUUAGAGAAUGUCUCCUUCGGCACGACUGCGUCGUAAAGGAAGGGAAGCUGCCCAGUGAGUGUUUGAAGGAAGGCCACUGCAAAGCCCUGCAGACGUCAUUCUUUGAGUGCAAGAGGUCGAUGUUGGACAACAGGUCAAGAUUCAGAGGAAGAAAAGGAUAUUGAGGAACCAGUUUCACGGCAGAUGGUGUUGCCGUGUGGUUGAACAGAUACUGGACGAUCCUCUGUCCAUGGGUCAGUGUGUGUGUGUGUGUGUGUGUGCCGUGUAUGUUGAGAACAUACAAGCAUGACAGAGCGAUGCACACUGACACUCGAAAGCACUUUUACGUCACAGGCUGGAGCUUCAAACAUUUUGAUUUCUUAUGUAAAUGUGUUGUAUUAUUUUGGAUGCGUGAGUGAGUGUUUUAUGAUUUGGAAAACAGUAAAAAACGAAUAAAAACAGAGACUUUAUAUC